GUGAACUUUGGAAUUCGUAUCGCAAUUUUGUAAAACUUUUAUUUCACAUUUCAAUUUUCUUAAUUCUUAUUAACAUUGUUAAAAUAAUAAAAAAAUGAAUCAAUUAGGAGUAAUUACUAGGCACUUUUCGUGUUCUUCAGCCGUCCAAAGCGCAAUUAAAAAUGUAACAGUUAUAGGAGGUGGACUAAUGGGAUCCGGUAUAGCUCAGGUAGCUGCACAGGCUGGUCAGAAUGUUACACUAGUUGAUGUCAACGGAGAUAUCUUGGCAAAGGCCCAGAAAUCGAUCGGCAACAACCUUGGCCGUGUCGCUAAGAAGAUGUACAAAGACAAUCCACAGGAAGGAGAGAAGUUCGUUUCCGAGUCUAUGGGCAGGAUCAAAACGGCCACAGACCCUGUAAGCGGCUCACAGACUGCUGACCUGGUGGUCGAGGCUAUUGUGGAGAAUAUUGACAUUAAACACCAGCUAUUCCAAAAAUUAGAUCAAGUAGCUCCGGACCAUACAAUUUUUGCAUCAAACACUUCCUCUCUCUCUGUUAAUGAAAUUGCUGCAGUGGUCAAGCGGAAAGACAAGUUUGGUGGAUUACAUUUCUUCAACCCAGUACCAGUAAUGCGUUUACUAGAAGUUGUUCGUGGUACGGAGACAUCUGAAACUACAUAUAGAAGCAUGAUGGACUGGGGCAAAGCCCUGGGAAAGACUUGCAUCACCUGCAAGGAUACACCUGGAUUUGUCGUCAAUAGGCUACUGGUGCCUUAUAUUGCUGAAGCUGUCAGAUUGUUUGAAAGAGGUGAUGCAUCAGCGAAAGACAUUGAUAUCGCAAUGAAAUUGGGAGCAGGGUACCCCAUGGGUCCAUUAGAGUUAUUAGACUAUGUAGGACUGGAUACAACUAAAUUCAUCCUGGAUGGCUGGCACAAGAAGUACCCUGAUCAGCAACUAUUCAAACCUAUACCUUUAGUAAACAAACUAGUGUCUGAAGGGAAAUUAGGUGUAAAGACUGGUGAAGGUAUCUACAAAUAUGAAAAAAAAUAAACUGAAGUUUUUAUAAAUUUUUGAAACAUUUUUUGUAUAUCAUGUAAGGAUAAUUGAGAGCUUAUUUAUGAUGAUAAUAAAAGAUUAUAUUUUUUUA